AUGCGACGACUGCUGGGCCGUUCACUGUGGGCCAAUCGUGCCACCAUCGGUGCCGUCGCUGGACCUUCGAUACGCCUCAUGACGAACACGACAGCCGCGUCGUCCGCACCAACGCCGUUUUUUCGCCGCUGGCAGCACCAGUCCGCUGAACUCUCGUCCUCCUGCGCGUUUACGCAGGCGGAGCGUCGUUGGCAGAGCUGCAGCGCCGGACAGCAAGACUUCUACGCGGUACUGGGGGUGAGGCCGGAUGCCACGCAGGAUGAAAUCAAGGCUGCAUACAAGAAGUUGGCUCUCGAGUAUCACCCAGACCGCAACCACCAGCCAGGGGCUGAGGAGAAGUUCAAGUCUAUCUCGGCCGCGUACAGCGUCAUUGGACACAGGGAGAAGCGUCGUGAGUACGACGCGCAGCGGGCUAUGUCGAGUGCCAUGGGCGGUGUGUCCUACAACAGCGGCAGCAGCAGCGGUAGUGCUAGCGGGUACGCCUCCGGCUUUUCGGGCGGCAUGGACCGUGGCGACUACCAGUAUCGUCAGAUGUCCAAAGAGGAGGCUGACCAGCUCUUCCGUGAGCUUUUCGGCGGCAUGCGCGUCGACCAAAUUUUCCGCAACCUUGAGGACGAGAUGCGGGUCGGGGGCAUCAGAGGAGAUGGGCUGGGCGGUCACGUUGGCCGCAGUUUCACCAAUUCGGAUCGGGCGUUCCGACCCUUCUUCCGCUCCGAGAGUAGCAUGACAAAUGUGUUCAUAGACGAGCACGGAAACCGCAUGGAGGAGACGACGUACACCGAUCCUCGUGGCAAGCGCUUCACCGUACGCCACGUGAGCAGUACCGACCCGAACGCCAGCACUAAUCAAGCGAACGACGAAUUUUACCGUGGGCGGCACGCCGCUAAGGACGGCCGCUACCACUUCGGCAAUGUUUCCACCCAGUUCCAGAGACCCACCAACGACUUCACACAGAGCAUGUUCGGUGUCCGCUCCCACGGUCGCAGUCCGCUGGUGGCCUUCCUCAUCCUUGCGGCGUGGACGGUGGUGCUGGGCACCCUUCUGUUCUGCUUCAUUGGUUUCCUAGUUCGGCACCCGCUGUUUUUCGCUUCCGUUCUGGUGCUGAUCCUCAUCGGACGCGCCGCCCGCCCCUUCUGA